CGCUUAGAAAGAAGGAUGGCUCGCACCAAGCAAACGGCUCGCAAGUCGACCGGCGGGAAGGCGCCCCGCAAGCAACUGGCCACCAAGGCGGCGAGGAAGAGCGCGCCGGCCACGGGCGGCGUGAAGAAGCCUCACCGCUACCGGCCGGGCACCGUGGCCCUUCGCGAGAUCCGCCGCUACCAGAAGUCGACGGAGCUGCUGAUCCGCAAGCUGCCCUUCCAGCGGCUGGUGCGCGAGAUCGCGCAGGAUUUCAAGACCGACCUGCGCUUCCAGAGCUCGGCCGUCAUGGCUCUGCAGGAGGCGAGCGAGGCUUACCUGGUGGGGCUCUUCGAGGACACCAACCUGUGCGCCAUCCACGCCAAGCGCGUCACCAUCAUGCCCAAGGACAUCCAGCUGGCCCGCCGCAUCCGCGGGGAGAGGGCGUAAAAGACGCGCAGC